AUGAAGAAGUUCGGUUUCGGCAAGAAAAGCGGCGACGAUGGCGGUGACGACGCCGGCCGUUCUGCUCUUUUCGGUCGCAAGAACAAGUCGCCAGCCCCCGGCUCCGACAAUCCGUACGCUCAAGCACCUGCUGGCAAUGACCCUUACGCCCAAGACACCAACAAGUAUGCCAACAUGACGCCCUAUCAGGCAGCUCGAGCAGGCGCGCCUGGUCCUGGUGUUGCUGCAGGUCUCCCUAGUGGUCCUCGCGCUGGUGGCUACGGUGCUCCUCCUCAGCCCGCGGGUGGUUAUGGUAAUGAAAAGUACGGCGCCGCUGGUGGCUACGGGGCCAACCGGUACGGCGACGACAAGAACGCCUACGCAGCGAACAACUACCCCUCAGGAGUCUCAGGAGGGGCACGCGGCCCUGGUGGCUAUGGAGGCCUCGGCCGCACCGACAGUAACGGCACCGACGCCCAGCGCCAUGAUCUUUUUGGGGGUGCUCAAGAUCGCUACCAGCAGAAACAGCAACAGCAACAGGGUGGCUAUAACGCAGGCGCUUCUGGCGCUGACGGUGGAUAUGGUGGCUAUGGGGAGCAACGAGAGCUCACGGCCGAGGAACAAGAGGCGGAGCAAUUACGUGCUACGAAGGAACAGACCAAGGAUCUCAGAAACGACUCGGUGAACACACUCGGCAGAAGUAACGCACAAAUCAAUGCAAUCGAAGAGCUCGGUCGCGGAACUCUCGCUAGACUGGGUGCUCAAGGCGAACGUCUGCACAACACGGAAAAAAACCUGGACUUAGCGGCAAACCACAACAAGGUUGCAGAGGAAAAGGCCAAAGAGCUCAAGACUCUGAAUCGUAGCAUGUGGGCAGUUCACCUAGGCAACCCCUUCACAUCCAACAAGCGCGCCGAGGCGGCUGACAAAGCUGUCGUUGAACGUCACCGUCAGGAACGCGAAACCCGAGAAGCUACCCGAAAUGCGGCUUUCCAAUCCAAUCAACGAAUGGAAGAAACCUUCCGGGACAUGAGUCUCUCCGGCCGUCCCCAGGCGAAACCGGCUGGCAUGAGGAGCCAAGCUGAAAAAUCCAAGUACAUUUUGGAGGACGACGACGAGGAAGAGACUGCGGAGGCCGAGCGGCAGGAGAGGAUUAUCGAGGAAGGCAUCGAGCAGCUCUCGAGGGGUCUGGGCCGCGUGAACCAAAUUGCCCACGCUCAGGCAAAGGAAGUUGGGGAACAGAACGUCACAAUUGAGAGACUUGGCAACAAGAGCGACGCCGUCUCCGACGGAACCGUGAUGAACAGGGCCCGUUUAGACCGCAUAAGGUAG